AUGAGAAAUGAAGACGUGAUUGACAUUUAUCACGCGGCAGAUUACUUCCAAUUAAAUAGUCUCUUGGAAUAUAUUGUUAGGAUUAUAGGUUUCUUUUUGCAACCAUCAACCGAUUCUUAUUUUACACCAGAAUUAUUAUCAAGAGCUCUUGUCAAGUUACCAUUAUCAGAAAAGAAUCCUCUCGUUCAAUUAUUGGCCGAAUGUAUAUCUUCACUACCCAUAAGCGCCAUUGAAUAUAAUCAACUGACCUUCACGGCUCUAAAAUUUCUUUUGACGUACGCAAGGGAGAAAGGGAGAUCUUUAGCGACUACAGAGUAUGAAGUAUUUCGAUAUAUAAUUAUCCAUUCAGCACAUCAAGUUUCCAAGAAAGCGGUUGAAAUACUUGAUAAUUACUUGCCAAUUCCGAACAGAGUAAACGACACACGGGAAUCCAAUAACGUCAGUAUACAUAAUACCGAGUACCAUCGUUUUCGUCCACAAUUAACCAUUGAAUCUUAUUACAUCUGA